AUGAACCAUGCCGGCCAUGGAGGAGGAGGUGCUCCGAGCACUGGAGACGCUCCCAGCUACUUCUUCAUGCAAAAGAUGUAUUGGGCAGUGGUGGGGAGCACCAUCGCGGUAGCUACUGUGGGCAAUGUCCUGAACAAGUUAAUAGCAGCUCAGAGACUGGCUGAUUCAGGCCCAACUCCGUCGAAACCAAAAUCUCUCUUCUUUACCAGCUAUGCCACCAUCACUGCCAUGACGAGAGAGAUUUCCAAUUAUCCCCUUGGCCCCGUCAUUGUAGGCGGUACCAAACUGCAUUUGCCCCCUCUGGGGCCGGUAAUGCUAAUGCUCGCUAAUCUAAUCGUCGUGCUGGUCCUCUGCUCCUACAAAUUAAACUUGAUGGACCAAUGGAGCUGGGAGAAUGUGGGCUAUCGCACUGGAUUUGUCACAAUUUCACAGCUACCCCUAGUUAUCCUGCUCUCCAACAAAACCAAUAUCAUCGGCUUCCUCAUCGGAUCGAGCUAUGAGAGACUAAAUUGGCUUCAUCGGUGGGUUGCAAGGACAAUGUGGCUCACCGCAACUAUCCAUAUGGGAUUCUGGUUCCGCUCAUGGGGCAGAUAUGAUUACAUUCUAGUAAAGUUGACUACGGAUCCAAUCACCCAGCGGGGUUUCGCGUCAUGGUGUAUCUUGACCUUCAUAGUCUUGGUCUCCGUGGCACCCGUGCGGAAACUCAGUUACGAGAUCUUUGUAUUGGUGCAUCUUCUAACCUUUGCCGGCUUCCUUGCAGCUGUGUGGUAUCAUGCGCAGGAUGAGGUGAAGGAAUGGGUGUGGAUAUCUAUUGGACUCGUCGUCUUUGGUCGACUCGCCAGACUUAGCGUGGUAUUAUAUUCUAACUUAUCAAUUUUCCAUGGGCUUCGAGGUGCAAAAACCUCGCGGCCCCUUUGGGCUAACAAGACCACUUUCACACCCUUGCCUGGAAAUGUUACGCGAAUUGUGGUGCCAAACCCACUGAUAUCCUGGAAACCUGGACAACAUAUGUUCCUAUCAUGUCAUGGACUGGUUCCGCUCCAAAGCCAUCCCUUUAGCAUUGCUUCGAUCCCCGCGGAUGAGAAACUAGAAUUCCUUGUGCGCGCUCAAAAUGGGGCCACCAAGAACUUUUUCAAGCAUGCUUCAAAGAAUCUUGACCUAUUGAGUGGAGGAGGGACUAGCCUCCAGAAUGCUAAGCUGGUGGGAGUUGAAGGCCCGUACGGAACGAUACGGUCGCUGCGACAGUUCGACAGCCUCGUGCUCUUUGCCGGGGGAAUAGGAGCCACGUUCACGAUGCCUCUGAUGCGUGACGUUUUAGAGGGCUGGAAAAGGGAAUGGUUCGGGAACAUACCACAGCGGGGAUCGUUUUUCCCAUCUCCCAACCGCGCAGUUACGAACCGGAUCCGCUUUAUCUGGGUAAUUAGAUCCCGAUCACUGCUCAGCUGGUUCUCCGAGCAAUUAGAAGCUGCGCUACAGGAUAUAGAUGCAUGCCGUCAGAGUAAUGCAGCUUUUAAAGGGGAGCUUGAGUUUAGCGUCUAUGUUACGUGCGAUGAGGAGAUGUCUUCAACGACAACAUCCCAACCGCAGCUGCUACAGCCAGCGCAACAACAACUUACCAACCGCACUCCUCAGGUAAAUGAAGGGGUCAAAGAAGAAAUCGAAGAGAAAACCAUUGAAACCCUUUCCAUCAACUCCACCUCGACAGCUGAAGAAUCUAGUCCACCAAAAAGCCCGACCACCUGCCAGCCAGAUGGCGGAUGUUGUUGCACACGCCCAUCUUCACCUCCAGCUCCUUUAACAGCAUCCGAAGAACCAAGUAUCCAAGAAAAGCCAACCCCUGCACCAGUUCCAGCUCUAUCAAAUAAACCUCCAACCACCACUUCCAUCACCACGCAACGACCCAACGCCUACCCACACCCCAAAUCAGAUGUCGACCCACGUAUCCGAAUCCUUUCUGGUCGACCAGACUCGCGGGGCAUAAUCCGCAAAGUUCUCGAGUUGGCAGAAGGCGAGAGCGCUGUCGUGGUUUGCGGUCCACGCGGGCUUAAUGCUGAUGUCCGCAGGAGUGUCGUGUCGCUAAGUGAUGAGAGAGCGGUCCACAAGGGCACAGGCGCUCAGGGGAUAUAUUUACACGUAGAAAGUUUUGAGUUCUAG